AUGGAGCCUGUUAGAAUUUCUACAGUGGAAGAAGUGUCUUGUUAUAGCUCCGUUAUUAAUGCUGAAAGUACUAGGAUGAGUCUUAAUUCCCGGGGGAUGAGUCCUCUCAGAGAUGCGUCUCUGUGUUCGGGUAAAGAAUCGAAAUCGUUCAACGUAAAAGCUUUCUGGAAAAAUAGUUCUACUGUUAUGAAAACAUUAGGAAAAGCAUCAGAUAUGAAUUCCAAAAAUAUAAUCCACCAAAUGCUAGACAUUCAUAAUGAUUUCAGUGAAGCGCUUUCUAACACCACACGUGAAACUAUAAAAUCUGCUUUGAAACGAAAAUCAGAUUCCUAUCCAUCAGAAAGUAGAAAAAAGAAAGAUACGAUCAACAUAAAGGAUCCAGAGUCUCUUAAUGAUGCGAACAAAACGAAUUUGGAAGAAGUGAUCAUUCAUGAAGAGGAAGAAAUUGUGGGGCAGUCUCUUCACCAUAUUAUGUUUAUUGACAUGACAAGAAUGAAGAAGCCAUCGUAUUUAGAUAUAGAUGAACGAAAAUGGCGUGCUUCAGUACGUCAACCAAAACAACCAGUCCCACCCAGUUUCUUUGGAGAAAUUAUGGAUGAAUAUGAAAGGGAAAUAAAUGACAUAGACGAGCUUCGUUCUAAGUUUUAUGAUAUAUGGGGGAAAUAUCGUGACAAGGUCAUUUAUUUAGAUAAUGAGAGAUGUUUGUUUGAAACCACGCAAGCAGUUGCACGUGCAUUCUACGAAAGGAUGCACAUGUAUCCGAGUUCGAGGAAAAAAAACGAGGAUACUGUUGUACAUGAUUAUGUACAUGAUACUUUCAAAGAAAUAUUUCGUGACCCGAAUUAUGAUAUUUCUUGGGCAAACACCGAAAGUUUGACUUCAAGAAGCCACCGUGCGAAUUACGGACGCUCCCAGGGUAGAAAGCCUGAUAUAAUUGUGUAUCGAAUCGUAGAAAGAGAUAAAUACGAAGAAACAUGUUUUGUUGAAGCCAAAAAUUUCUCAAUUACAAGGAACAGUAAAAUUGGCGGUUACAAUCUUUACAAGGUAGCUAUUCUUUGCCAGGGAGGCAUCAACAACAUUAUUUCUUCGCGUGGAAACAAACCAGGAGCAAAGUCCUUUGGAGUACAUAUUUGUGGUAAAAGGAUAUAUCUAUUUUGGAAUAAUGGACUUGGAGUACGACGGUAUUUUCAAAUCUCCGAGAUUAAACUCGCUCAGAAGCUUUCUGAAUUUAACCUUGUACGAAAGUUGAUAAUAGAAGCUUUUUUUUUCAAGUGCUGUAUUGACAGUUUUUAUUCCAAUAAGAAUGACAAUGGGUUCUCCAAUAAACAUGAAAAUGUGUCACCUCAACGGAAUAGCUUCUCCCGUCAUCCAACAAUCACACCUAAGAUGCCUAGAAAUAUGAUCCCGGGUGUUAGCAUAACUAAAGACACGGUUUUCUAA